AUGCUGGCCGGGGAGUUCUUCGGGAUGAUGGUUAUCCGAAACUCGCGUAGCUGGUCGAGGUGCAAAUUAACGUCAGCCUCACGGAGCUGGGUCUCUACGGCUCGGGGCGAAAUGUCUCGUGAGAACUGCGCUGGUCCGUCUGCAAGCACCUACGCGACUCGUGGAGGCGUGGCUGGACGCGGCGGUCACGCAUGCACAUGCGAGAAGCACACCCAGUCUAGAUGGCAUGUUUUAACACGGUGGCUAGGCUCAGAGUACAAUAGUCACGCCGAGGUCGCGACCGUGCAUGAUGGCAUAAAUAUGAGAACGGUGACCGCCAUGAGAGCCAGAGUCUGUACCUGCAACGUCAAAACCAUCGACGUUCUAUCUGAUGCGCCAAAUAACAAUGGCACUUGGACCAGUCACGUCCACAAGUCCAGCCAAAGGGUCUGGGCGUACCUCCGUGAACGCACGCUAUCCAGUGCAAGCGGCGCUCGAUCGAUAAACGCAGGGCCGACGCAAGCUCCGGGUUGCAGGUGCGCACGCCUCUUCGACGUGUGGCAUGCAGAGGCGCGCGUGCGCACGUGCGCCUGGGUGCGUGCACUCACGCACCAGUGCACAGCCAAUAAGGUUUCAGUUUAG